UCGUUGGGUUAGUGCGCGUUCCAAUUUGCUGUUUAUUGGCUUUUUGCUGGGAAAAACAAAUUAAAAAAAUGAGCAGAACAAUAUCCCAUGAUCAAAUUCAGAGUCAGACAGAUUGCUAUUUGGCCAGUUCAUCUUCCAAUGCCCUGGAGAAGGAUUCAGUUGAUUCUGAGAUGUUUCUUGAAGCUCCCAACGGUAACCAAAAUGGCGAUGUCGAAGUUGAAUUCCUGGGAAUAAAUCCUGGUGAAAUAAACCUGGAUAAUAUCUGCUACUAUCACUGUGAUCUUAGCAGCCCAGAGUCCUAUGAGAUUGAUGUCAUUGAUCCAAAUUGUUCCACGGCAACGCCCUUCCGGGAGGCAUCUCCGGAAAAGAAGUUGGUUUACGGGAAUUCCAGUAAAGCUUCCAAGUGGUCAAAGGAAAUCGAAACUGUUCGAACACUGGAGGGAGAAUUUGUGAUAGAACUAUGGAAGAAGCAGAAGAGUCCUGAACCUGAGGCAGUUAAAAAGAAGAAACCAAUCAGGAAGAAGGAGAAUCAUGUGGAUGUCAUUUCUAUGAGAACUUCACCUGAUCGUCCUAUGCAGUGCCCUAUUGUGCACUGCAACAAGGUUUUUGAACAACACAGUGCGAUGAAGAAACACAUCCGGACUCAUGGACCACGACGCUAUAAAUGCGAAGAAUGCCAUUUGUCUUUCGUGGAAAGUAGCAAGCUCAAGAGGCACCAGCUUGUCCACACUGGCGAAAAGAAUUUCCUGUGUGACUUUGAGGGAUGUGGCAAGCGUUUCUCGCUGUCGUUCAAUCUCAAAACUCAUCGCAGGAUUCACACUGGCUUCCGUCCCUUCAAGUGCAUUAUGCCAGGAUGCACUAGAAGUUUCACGCAGUCAACCAACCUCAAGGCUCAUCUGAAUACACACUUAAAGAAAUCAAAUACAUUUCCUCCAUUUCCUCUCAAUUAAUUCUCUGCGUCCUUUUAUGUAACAAAUAAAAAUCCUCAGAAAACAUGAAAUAAAAGAAAUAUUGAACUCCAG